ACAAACGGGUGUCUUAUACAAUAGCUUGCAAUAAAGUAGCCUAGGCAUACCUAGUCUACUUUGCAAUACGAACAUAAACAACCGAAACAACAUGUUAUUUGAAGGUUUAAAUAUUUGAGGCAAAGCCUAUGACUGUGAAAGGCAAUGCUUGAGAUAACUUUCUACUUACCUGCAUUGCUGUCGAACGAUCCUCCUUCCGAAUGACGUCAAAACAGUUGAAAGUUGCUCCGACUGCUAUUCUGGAGAAAAAAGAGAGGACCCUUCGCCGGGAAAAGAGAGAGUGCCAGCGCAACUAAGUCCCACCCAAAAAAUUACCUCCCCCAGGACGUUAAACGGGGGUAGAUACAUCACUCAAACUUAGUAUUGUUCGCCCAAGACUAUGGACAAGUUUCUCCUGUAAUUUCAUUGAAUAUAACACAUUUUGGAAACAAUGCGACCUGGAACUGGAAUAGUUAUUGCUGCCUUGUUCAGCCUGGGCUGCAGCAUGACACUGACUGCGGACAAGAAAGUGUGUCAGGGGAUCAGCAACAGGCUGACGCUGCUGGGGACUGUAGACGACCACUACAACAACCUGGUGAGGAUGUACAGCAACUGUACCGUGGUCCUGGAGAACCUAGAGCUCACCUACAUCCAGGACUACCACGACCUGUCCUUCCUCAAGUCCAUUCAGGAGGUUGGAGGCUAUGUUCUGAUCGCCGUCAACAAGGCGGCCAUCAUCCCACUGGAGAACCUGCGUCUGAUCCGAGGACACUCCCUCUAUGACAACAAGUACGCCCUGGCUGUCAUGUCCAACUACGAGAAGAACCACUCCUCUGUGACCCUUAACUACACCCGGGGCCUGAGGGAGCUGAUGCUGAGAGGACUGACAGACAUUCUCAAGGGAGGGGUGAAAAUUGCCCACAAUCCUUUGCUGUGUAAUGUGGAGACCAUCCAAUGGUGGGACAUGGUAAACAAGGCCGGCAACCCCAGUAUGGAGUUCAAACUGGAGAGCUAUGGCCGUUACUGUGGCAAGUGUGACCCUGGAUGCUACAAUGGAUCAUGCUGGACACCAGGACCAGAGAACUGUCAAACAUUUACCAAGCUGAAGUGUGCAGAGCAGUGCUCUGGAAGGUGUAGGGGUCCUAAACCCAGUGACUGCUGUAACGAACACUGUGCUGCAGGCUGCACCGGCCCUAGGCCUACAGAGUGUCUGGCCUGCAGAGACUUCCAGGAUGAUGGCACAUGUAAGGACGCCUGCCCUCCUACCAUGAUCUACAAUCCCAACACCCACCAGCUGGCUUCCAACCCUAACGCCAAGUACACGUUCGGGGCCACUUGUGUGAAGACCUGCCCACAUAACUAUGUGGUGACGGACCACGGGGCGUGUGUCCGAACAUGCAGUGGCAACACACACGAGGUGGAGGAGAAUGGUGUCAGGAGGUGCAAGAAGUGUGAUGGAAUCUGUCCAAAAGUGUGCAAUGGACUUGGAAUGGGGCCGCUUACUGCCGUCUUGUCAAUCAACGCCUCUAACAUUGAUUCUUUCAAAAACUGCACCAAAAUCAAUGGCGAUGUUUCAAUAAUUGGAACCUCUUUGAAUGGUGAUAGGUACACAUCAACACCAAAAAUGGACCCUGCCAAACUGGAUUAUUUCAGAACUGUGAAGGAGAUUUCAGGGUUUCUGCUCAUACAAGCUUGGCCAAAGCACCUCGAUUCUCUCAGUGCAUUUGAAAACCUGGAGAUUAUCAGGGGAAGGACCAAACAGUUUGGUCAGGUGAGUUUUGCUGCCCUCAACGUGGCCCAUCUGAAGUAUCUAGGCCUCCGCUCCUUACGAGAGAUCAGCGAUGGCAACAUUGUGGUGAAGAACAACCCCCACCUCUGCUAUACCAACGGAGGCCACUGGAAUGGCCUGUUCAGACUGGACAAACAGUUCGCAAGGGUGGACAACAACGCCAACAACAGCACAUGUGCCCAGCUGAACAGUACCUGUGAUGACAUGUGCACUAAGGAGGGCUGCUGGGGGCCCGGUCCCACCAUGUGUUUAACCUGCCUGUACUACGCCCGUAGGGGCCGCUGUGUCGGGGCCUGUCACGUUCUGGAGGGGGCGCCAAGAGAGUAUGUGUUGAACAACAUGUGCCUAGAGUGUGACCAAGAAUGUAUGGUGAAGAACAGAACCGGAAGCUGCUUUGGUUCUGGCCCUGACAAGUGUGUGGAGUGCGCCCACGUCAAAGAUGGCCCCCACUGUGUCUAUCGGUGCCCACGUGGCGUUCUCGGGGACGGGGACAGGCCCAUCUGGAAAUACGCUGACAAGAACAGAGAAUGUCAGCUCUGCCAUGAGAACUGCACCGACGGAUGCUCUGGACCUGGACUGAAUGGCUGCAAUGCCAGAGGUGGUCCCGUCCCGUCGGUGGUGGCGGCCAGUGUGGUGGGAGGCCUCCUGGUGUUUGUGGUCCUGGCCUUGGGUGUAUUCGUGCUAGUCCGCAGACGUCACAUCGUCAGGAAGAGGACGCUGCGCCGCCUGCUGCAGGAAAGAGAGUUGGUUGAACCCCUGACCCCAAGUGGAGAGGCACCCAACCAGGCCCUGCUCCGCAUUCUGAAGGAGACCGAGUUUAAGAAGAUCAAAGUGUUGGGAUCAGGGGCCUUUGGAACUGUCUUUAAGGGCGUGUGGAUUCCUGAGGGAGAAAACAUGAAGAUCCCUGUUGCCAUUAAGGUGUUGAGAGAGGCCACAUCUCCCAAAGCCAACAAGGAGAUUCUAGACGAGGCCUAUGUGAUGGCCAGUGUGGAGCACCCCCACGUAUGUCGUCUGCUGGGCAUCUGCCUGACGUCCACAGUGCAGCUCAUCACCCAGAUCAUGCCCUAUGGCUGCCUGCUGGACUAUGUCAAGGAGAACAAGGACCUCAUCGGCUCCCAGUGUCUACUCAACUGGUGUGUACAGAUCGCAAAGGGUAUGAACUACCUGGAGGAACGUCACCUAGUGCACCGUGACCUGGCGGCCAGGAACGUUCUGGUGAAGACACCUCACCAUGUGAAGAUCACAGACUUUGGACUGGCCAAGCUGCUCACCGCCGACGAGAAGGAGUACCAUGCUGAUGGGGGGAAGGUGCCCAUAAAGUGGAUGGCACUGGAGUCCAUCCUUCACUGGACCUAUACCCAUCAGAGUGAUGUGUGGAGCUACGGUGUGACAUUGUGGGAGCUGAUGACGUUUGGGUCGAAGCCCUACGAUGGCAUCCAGGCCAGGGAGAUCGCUGGAGUCCUGGAGAAAGGAGAGCGCCUACCUCAGCCCCCCAUCUGUACCAUAGACGUCUACAUGAUCAUGGUCAAAUGCUGGAUGAUCGAUGCAGACAGCAGACCACGGUUCAGAGAGCUCAUCUCUGAGUUCUCCAAAAUGGCCCGGGAUCCAUCUCGCUAUCUGGUCAUUCAGGGAGAUGAUUGCAUGUACCUCCCCAGUCCUACGGACUCUAAGUUCUACCGUAGCCUGAUCAGUACAUCAGAGGACAUGGAGGAUGUGGUAGAUGCCGAGGAGUAUCUUCUCCCCGACAAGACCACCCAGCACCACAACUCAGGGGUAAACACACACGUGCAAACAAACACACACACACACACACGGCUGAUGUUUGAAUUUUCGAUCUGCUCACCACAGAAUGGCCAUCUGAUGAGAGAGAACAGUGUGAUCCUUCGCUACAUCACAGACCCCACCCACGGUGGUUCUCUCGAGAAAGACAUCACAGACCCCACCCACAGUGGUUCUCUAAAGAAAGACAUCACAGACCCCAUCCACUGUGGUUCUCUAGAGCAAGAUCUCUCUGCUCUUCCAGAAUACAUGAACCAGGACACCAAGCACUCUGAUGUCUUCAACCCCAACUAUGAGGACCCCAGCGAGCCAGCCUGGGCUACUCGGACCUCCUCUGGGUACGACCCGGACAACAAGUUCUUCAACUCCCUGCCGCGCGUGCCGGAGGGACCCGAGUAUCUCAACAUGGCCCGCAGUACCCUCCCUCGCUCUGUAGGUGAGAGCAUGGACAACCCAGACUACCAGGAGGACUUCCUGCCUCAGGCCACACCCACCAGUAGUCACUUCCUGCCCGCAGCAGAGAACCUGGAGUACCUCGGAUUGAGUGCUGCUGUACACACCCCUGUACGCUAGAGGACUCCUCCCACAGAACACAGGGGACAGUGAGGAACAAUGGGACCUGAAGAAACUUGGAUGGUGACAGAUGUGGGACAUCAGUGAGGUUUUGGAGGAAUUUUUCAUGUGGUUGUCCCUUUAUUUCUGGAGGGAAUAGGCUUCAUGGAGCUGUCAGACAUGAUGCUCCUAGAAAAUAUGUUCUCUAUUUCAAAUCCAUGAAUCAACCAUCCAUUUAGAUGACUGAGUGACUUUCAGAUCAGAAGAAUGAGCCAAAGCCUUGACAUAACAAUUAUGUCAUGCAAAUCAUUUUUACAGUCUGAGUCGAGUGUGUGGAACAGUUGACUUUUUAUUUGUCUUGCCUUGAAAUGUGAAGAGGACGGAGUAGACACAGACCGCUAAGGCUGGACACUGAUGGACCGUGUGCUUACAUUGCAUUGUGGACAUCAUUCUUUACAGCUCUGUUCUCUGAUUGUACACACUUGAAUGCCAAGACUCAAUGUGGUGUACCAAGCUACCGGUAACUAACAGGGUCAAUCCAAAGGCUUUUGGAAAAUGACACAGAUGUACAGAUUGUGUAGAUCAAUACAUGUCUUGCACAAGACCCACAAGACAGUAAAUAACUAUUUAUUCUAGGUUAUUCGGGUCUCACUCCGUCUUGGAAAGAUAAGUCUUACCUCUUACUAGUAUUAAUCAUUUCAAUUGGGCCGUAGUAACCAUAAAGACAUAAGUUUAGGGCUCAAUUCAAUCUGGAUAGCAGAAGCGUUACUGAUUGCGGAAUAGAAAUGUAAAGGUCAUUUCAAAUCAAGCCGACAUCUGCAGCGUUUACUGUGAAUGCAGGGGACAUGGCCUUUAAAAUUUCAAAUCGCCCAAUAAAACGCUGAACUCCAGCGAUGCAGAUUGAAUAGAGCCCAACAUAUCUGUGAUAGUAACUUUGUUUUCUGAUGAGAAUCGUCAUUGCCGUGGUGAAAAUAUAAAGUAAUACAAUACUGAACAGGUACUUCACUGGAAGAGUACAAAUAUAUACUAUAAAGUACUAUAACUACACACAUGUACAGCCAAAGUUAACAUAUUGAAUAUCUUUCGGGUUAAGGUGUUGAUGCUGAUACUGAGGCUGAUGGGAAAAGGGGACGAAAGGUCACCAAACAGUAUAUGGUAUUGAAUGGUUGUUGCAGAGGUUUAAGCUGAACUUAAAUUGUCUAUACCUGUUUAUUACUAUUGAAAUGUUGGGGACAGUCACAAGGCUGGGCUGACAAUUCAAUUUUGAGUGCCAUUCUUGGACUUGGAAUAAUUGGGCCAGAUAUUCGAAAGAGCAAUGUAAUUAAACGUUUGCACAUAGUGACCUAGUAAAAUGCCCUUUCCAGGUUUUUAGAUUAUUUUAAGCACAAAUCAUCGUCAACGUAUUCUCCACUUAAAAUAACCUUGAAUAGGUGUUAAAUAAUGUAUAGGUACUUUUGAAUGUGCCCUUGUUUACUUCCAUCGUUGUCAAUAAUGGAUUAAACCUACUACUGUGAACUAAAGUAUGUUAAGUGUUGGUUUUAGAUUUACAAUAGCUAUUUGGCAAUGAAGAUAAAUAAUUUGGGAAAAAAUAUUAUUUAUGUGGGUUGUUUGAAAGGGAACAUUGAACCCUAAAAAUGUACAAAUGCUAUAAAUGUUUACAAUACAUAAAGCAUACAGCAUUGUAAGGGUCUAGUUGAGGACGAGAAGUGUGUCAUAUCGACUCUUAGCUCUUGUUAACAAUAGAUGUAAUGUAACUGUUUGUGAAAUUCCUUAAUGUCUAACAAAACCAAAAUGUGAUACAUUGGGGGUUGUUUUAACAACCUAUGAUUCUGUCGAUACCUGAAUUACACAUCCACAUGCAAAUUCACUUUCAGUUCAUAUGGUAUGAAUGUACAAUACCAAUUCAAAUGUAUUUCGUUAGAAGGUUAGACACUUGUAUGUAAAUGAGCAUUUCCUGGAAAACCCUUCAACGUGACUCUUUCCAUUGCCUUUUUUGAACCAAUAACAGAGGCGGCUCAUGCCCUGUUUUUGUGAUUGUGUACGAUAGUAGUUAGAAGUCCGUAAUGCAUGCAAGUAGAAAAAAGUUGGCAAUUCAACUCAAUCAAGCAGUUGGUAAUUGUGAGACUACUACACUCUCUUUGAGCCAAAAGUGUUUGACAUGUUACCAUGACAUUCUUCCUGUGUUUGUAUACUGUAUCUAGUAGUAUUGUGUUUAGGAGAUCACUUUCUAUUGUGCACUUCACACAUACAAAAAGUACAACGUUCCACUGUAACGCUAUGUCCUAGAUGCUACGAUGCUGUAAAAUAAAGACUUUAAUCUACA